GAAAAGUGUUCGACUUUAAUCAGCAUCAAUCAGCACUGUGCUUAGAUAUGUUUCCGAGAAGGAUUAUAGGCCAUUCGUCAAGGCAACCGGCUGGGAGCAGCCUUGCUCACAAGGAAAGUUCCAAGUUUUCUUGUUCUCAUUCAUGUCUGUCAUCAUUAUUCCUCUGGCUACCUAUACGACAAAGUUAUGGCUCUUAUUUGCUCUGCUUCUUGUCCUGUCUCACUACAGAGCAUGCUUCUCCAUUGCAGGAGAUACCCUUUCAACAGGUCAGCCUCUUUCAGUGAAAGAAACCAUAGUAUCUGAAAGUGGCAACUUCGUACUCGGUUUCUUCAGACCAGGUACUUCCUCAAAAAUAUACCUGGGCAUAUGGUAUAAUGAUUUUGAUGUCAAAGAUUUUGUUUGGGUGGCAAACAGAGAGAACCCUUUGUCUGUGGCAUCUUCAUCAAGACUUGAACUCUCUGAAGAUGGCAAUCUACUCCUGCUUGAAGGUUCCUCCAAGACACCAUUUUGGUCAACAAAUUUGGCCCUUCCCCUGAAGAACUCAACUGAAGCAGCACUUGGUGAUGAUGGAAAUUUUGUUUUAAGAGAUAGUUCGAACCAAAAUACUAUUUUUUGGGAGAGUUUCGACCAUCCAACCGAUACAUGGCUGCCAGGUGCAAAGCUUGGAAUCGAUAAGAUUACUGGAAAAUCGAAGCAGCUUAUUUCAUGGAAAAAUUCAAACGAUCCUGCCCCAGGUAUGUUCUCGUUUGGGUUGGACUCGGAUAGAAGCAGUCAACUUAUCUUGGAGUGGAACAGAUCCCAAGAGUAUUGGAGCUCUGGAUUUUGGGAUGGAAAAUAUUUCAGCAUAUUCCCUGAGAUGGGGAACAAUAAAAUCUCCAACUUCAUAUUUGUGUCAAAUGAAAAUGAGAGUUAUUUUACUUAUUCUAUCUCUAAUAGCUCAUUCAGAUCCAAAUUUAUCAUGAACUCUUCAGGAGAAAUCCAGCAACUGGCGUGGUUGACUGGCCCUUCGGUUUGGAAUCCGCUCUUGUCUCAGCCGACAGAACUGUCUGAUGUCUUCUCUUUGUGUGGCGCGUUCGGAGUAUGUCAUGAGAAUUCUCCAAGUCCUUGUGAAUGUCUAGAAUUUUUCGAACCAUUUUCGAUUGAAGACACCAGAGUAGAUGAUUGGUCGGGUGGUUGUGUGAGGAAAAACCCUCUGCAGUGUGGCAAAGAAGAUGAGUUCAUGCAAAUAAAGAACGUUAAAUUGCCUGCAAAUGCCAAAGAAUAUACGGCAGUGAAUGGUUGGAAUUGUGAAGUGUUUUGCUUGAAUAAUUGUUCUUGCACAGCUUAUGCUUAUAACAACAGCGGGUGUAUGAUAUGGGAAGGAGCUCUUUUGAACUUGCAGCAACUCUCAUAUGAUGGCGGACAACAUAUCUAUAUCAAAAUUGCCGGUGAUCAGCAUCAAAGCACCAAAGGUAACAAAUGGAAAGUAUGGGUGAUUGUAGCCGUGCUGGUCCCUGCAACAGGGCUUGUCUUAUGUCUCUUCUCCAUUUGGUUUUUAAGGAGGAAGCUCAAACGCAAAGGAGAGGAGGUUUCAAGCAAUGAUCUACUGUCAUUUGAUUUCAAUACUGAACUUCAUGCAAUUAAUGAUGGAACAAACACCAAAGAGAAUCUGAAGAAAAUGGGGAAGAAGGAUGUUGAGUUACCGCUAUUCAGUUACGAGAGUGUGUCGGCUGCAACUAAAAAUUUCUCGGCUGCGAAUAAGCUUGGAGAAGGAGGUUUUGGACCUGUUUACAAGGGGAAAUUACUUAGGGGGCAGGAAAUUGCAAUAAAGAUGCUUUCAAAAGGAUCUGGACAAGGGUUCGAGGAGUUCAGAAAUGAGACAAUACUAAUUGCAAAACUCCAGCACAGAAAUCUUGUCAGACUGUUGGGUUGUUGUGUCGAGCAAGAUGAGAAAAUAUUAAUAUACGAAUACAUGCCCAAUAAAAGUUUGGAUUUCUAUAUUUUUGAUCCAAUCAAGAAAAAAAUGUUAGAUUGGGAUGCACGCAUACGCAUUAUUGAAGGAAUUGCUCAAGGGAUUCUUUAUCUUCAUCAACAUUCAAGAUUACGAAUCAUACAUAGAGAUCUAAAACCUAGUAAUAUUCUCUUGGAUAGUGAAAUGAAUCCAAAAAUAUCAGAUUUUGGCUUGGCUCGAAUAGUUGGAGGCAAUGACACACAAGCAAACACACAUCGAAUUGUCGGAACUUAUGGUUACAUGUCUCCGGAAUAUGCUAUGGAGGGUCUGUAUUCGAUAAAGUCUGAUGUUUUCAGCUUUGGAGUACUGUUACUAGAGAUCGUGAGUGGCAAGAAGAAUACUGGCUUCAAUAAGAACGAAUCACUCAAUCUUCUUAUAUAUGUGUGUUGCUUUUAUACCCCCACAAGUUCUUUAUGCAGUAGUCUUUUCAAUCUAAAUACUUAGUUUUUUAGUAAAAUUUACAAUAAUUUAAAAUAACAGGCUUGGGAGUUGUGGAGAGAUGAUUGAAGUUUGGACCUGAUUGAUUCAACAAUAGGGUAUCCUUCUUCUACUUCUAUUAUGUUGAGAUUCAUUCACAUUGGCCUUCUUUGUGUCCAAGAAAGCCCCGUUGAUCGACCUACUAUGCCGGAUGUACUCUCGUUGAUUAGCAAUGAACUUUCACCUCUACCUACACCCAAACAACCUGCAUUUGCCACCCUCCUGAAUACGAUGUACACAAAUUCAACACUUGGCGGUGAAGGAAGUUGCUCAUCAAACAACAUCACUAUUUCGGAAAUGGAACCUCGAUGACUUUUUCGUAUAUCAAAGUUAUAUAUAUAUAUAUUUGUUGAAUAGACUUUUCUAUCUUAUUUGUGUGGAUAUCGAUAUGCUUCAUACUAGUUACUGAGGCAGCGAAGGCCGAGUUGGCAGCCAAGCUUGAGGCCUUGGAUAAGCUUUGGGUCGAGCCUGAAGCCGAUGGGGCUUGGUCGACUAGAAUGGAAGCUGGGCAGAAAGAUAAGUGUAAGGCCACGAAUAAGCUUCAACAUUUUUCUUACAUACACUUUUGGUUUUUGUUGUGUUGGAAUCUUUCUCAGCUGUGUAAGGAACAAUAUUUGUGAUAAUACUUUUUGAAAGAUAUUUUGGAAUAUCUUUUCUGUGUUCUUUUUUGUAUUUUGUUGGGUACAAGUUAGGUUUUG